AUUCCUUCGAACGUGUAUACGAUUACGUGAUAGGUAUCCGUAUAUGUAAAAAAUAGAAUACGGAAACUAUCAAAUAUAGAUACGCGUGUAUACAUACACGUUAUCAUUCCCCUUCGAUGUUGAAUAUACCUUUCCCGCGUCAACUUUUACUACACGCUAAGCGUCUUAUCCACGGUUCCUUUCCCUUUUUGCUUUUAGUGAAGAGCACGUGUAAGCACUGCUAUAAAAUGAAUUCGCAGGGACGGCAUCGAUUCAGUCGAUCGCAACAUAUCAUAGGAAUAUUAUUUAAGUAUUAUUAAGUAUAUCUGCUACCAUUUUUGUUGAUACAACAAUCGUCAUCUUCUUCUUGAUUAGACUCGUCUGGAUUAGAUUUUUUUUCUGGAUUAACGGUAUUGAACGUGAUAAUAAAAUAAGAACGUAAUUCGAUCUUCGAGAAUAUAAUUUUUGUGUACUUUUUAUUCCAACGGUUAAACGUCGAAGAAUAUUUUCAUUCGCAUAAUGCUAUCUACCUGCAAAAUAUGUUGUGGAAGAAUACCGCAACGAUGGAUAUUUGCGAUAAUGGGAUUUUUAGCAUUAUUCAAUGCUUACGCUAUGCGUGUUUGUUUAUCGAUUACAAUUACUGAAAUGGUAAUCCCAAUGAAAAAUGCGACGCAUAACGAUCAAUAUACUUGUCGGAUAAAUACUACGGAAAAUGGAAUGGACGAUAACGAUCUAAAGCCAUCGAACGCGAAAAAGUACGAUUGGGACGAGAUGAUGCAGGGUAUUAUUUUAUCGUCGUUUUACGUGGGUUAUGUGAUAACACAUUUACCCGGUGGAAUGUUAUCGGAGAAGUUUGGUGGAAAAUAUUCUCUCGGUUUGGGUAUUUUGGCGACGGGAAUUUUCACAUUAAUUACACCGAUUACCGUAGAAAUUGGAGAAGCAACAGGUUUGAUCAUUGUACGCCUAUUAAUGGGUCUUUGUGAAGGAACGACAUUUCCGGCGUUAAAUGCAAUGCUCGCACAAUGGACACCACCGGAGGAAAGAUCUAUGAUCGGUUCAUUGGUAUUUGCUGGUGCUCAACUUGGCACGGUAUUUGCAAAUUCUUUGUCCGGUGUUAUUCUUCGAUAUUCGAUAAUAGGAUGGCCAGCUGUAUUUUACGUAUUCGGUAGUAUCGGAAUUCUUUGGUUUUUAUUAUGGUUAGUGAUAUGUUAUAAUAAUCCGGAUACGCAUCCAUUUAUUUCCGAAAGAGAACGAAUCUUUUUACAAGAAAGAAUGCGAGCGCAUACGCAUAAAAAACCACCAUCGGUGCCUUGGAAACAUCUUCUUAAAUCUACACCGCUUUGGGCAUUGAUAGCAGCACAAGUUGGUCAUGAUUGGGGUUUUUUCACUUUAGUCAACGAUCUUCCGAAAUACAUGAGCAACGUGCUCAAAUAUUCGAUCGAUCACAACGGAUUUCUUUCCGCUUUACCAUACUUAACUAUGUGGAUUUGCAGUACGAUAACAUCCUGUCUAGCUGAUUGGAUGAUCACAAAUGGCUUGAUGUCACGUACAAAUGUACGCAAACUAGGUACUACGAUUGCCUCGCUCGGACCAGGAGCAUUCAUUCUCGGUGCGUCUUAUGCCGAAUGUGAUAAGACAACUGUUGUUGUUAUGUUCACCCUCGGUACAACGUUAAUGGGAACAUUUUAUCCAGGAAUGAAGGUAAAUGCUCUAGAUCUUAGUCCAAAUUAUUCCGGUACUUUAAUGGCUCUGGUAAAUGGAAUAGGCGCUUUUACCGGUAUUUUAACACCGUAUAUUGUUAGCAUAUUGACUCCUAAUCAAGCUCUUCACGAAUGGAGACUUGUAUUUUGGAUUGUUUUCGGCGUUUUUGUUUUAACCAAUAUAAUUUUUGUUCUGUAUGCAAGCGGAGAAGUCGAAUAUUGGAAUGAUCCUGAAUUCGUUAGAACCGAAAAAGAAAGGAUACAAAAGAAAGUUAUAGAUGAAAAAAUGGAAAAAAUUCAGAAACCUCUUUCCUGAAUAGCACAAUUAGAAAUAUUUUUGUUUGAUAAAUUUCUCAUAAUUUCAUGUAACGAUCAAUGUGCAUUGAUUUUUACAAUUUAAACUAUAUAUAUUGUGAUAUCAUACGUAUUAAUACGUGUAAAUAAUACGUGUCCGUAUUAAGUUGAUAUUCUUAACUAUCUAUCUUAUUACAGACUUACUCGUUACAUUUUUUAUUAAAGCGAAAUAAGUUUUUCAUUUAUUCAUAUGUUACGUUUAUUAUUCCUAUGGAACGUAAUAUUAAUUGGUGCAAAAGUUCGUUUCUUUUUAUAGAUCUAAAUUUUUCAUUAAUUUCUUAGUAAAAGUGAAAAUAUAUUGCACAUUUUUGUUGAAACAAAAUAUUUUCUCGAGCUUUUUUUGUUGCAUUUUUGCGGAUCAAUCGAACGCUGAUGCUGUGAA